UUUAUCCUAUUUCAGGCGAUAGCUAGAGGUUCCAGGAAUCCUGAACAAGUGGCGAAAAAUGUUUGUUCUUGUUGCAGACGCGUCGCGUCGCGUCAACCUUUCUUAUACUCCAGCCACCACCAUGGCAUACCGUCAUACGGGCAACCCACCACCCCAGGUUAUUCACUAUACCAAUAUGCCUGCCCAAUUCCAGCAGCAACGGCCAGGACAGCGCACUCAUACCCAGCCCCAGGUUUUUUCAGCUCUACCAGUGAUACCCCAGGCCCAACAGCCCCCUCACCAGCAGCGACGGACCCAGACUACGCUCGAUACUCAUUUCCAGCCGCCAACUCAGACCCUCCAACCGUAUGACCAAUUCGCGCUCAAUGUCACGACGAGAGUCAUGGCAGCCGUCGCUCCUGUUUUGGAGGAGCAGAGCAGGCAAAUUGUCGGCAGGGUGGACAGGCUGGAGUCGUCUGUUCGCAACACUGUCACAAACAUCGAAAAGCAGGUCGAGGUAGCUAAUUUGAAUUUGGCGAAGGCUUUGCAGGCAGCGCAUAAUCAGCAGCGUACGGUCACCACGAACGUUCUAUCUCAAGUGAAGCAGCUGAAUGAGGCGGUGGAUACACUCAAGCCACUAGUGAACCAGGUGGAUAUGACUGUGAUGGAGCUCUAUGAAAGAGUCAAUGACAGAGAAGCUGGUGUCUCGGAGAUGGCCAAGACGCUUGUCCAUGAGUUAGGCAUCGAUCCGUCCCAAUGUCGCUUUCAAGACCAAGAAGCGAGCACUGGCGACAAACGAGGCGAUGAAGCCUUUUGUUCUCCGUCAUUAGACGCACAAGCAACGAUGCAGCAACGACAAUCGCAGUCGCCUUCAAUUCGUAUGCCGUCUGUCAAUUUUAGCCCCGCGAGAUGGCCCUCAAAAGAAGGUCCAGGUUCCAGUACCAGUGUGGCUGUAUUCAAAGCCAAUCUCUCGCCAGCAGGCCGUAGAUCGUACUCUAUCAUCCCAGAGACGCCCCCGGAUGGAACUAUCUCCUCCUUGCGGCGUGUUAGUCUGGGUGGUGACCCCUUUCUCGAGUCUGACACCCAUGUUCAACAAGACCUACCCAUGACACCCCCCCGAUCCACCUCCGUUGAAGUCGAUGCCGAGAUAGCCGCUAUUCCAGAACCGUUCUCAGAGUCUCCUGAUUGGGGCAGCACCGUUGGAGUGGAAGGCACAGCUGAGCCCACUACAGACUUAUCUACGGACGAAGCCAAUACGAAAUCGCCAACUACGUCUGUGUGCGACGUACUACAGAUCUCGCAGAUGAUUAGUAUACCUUCCCGAGCCUUUACUGCUGACCCCACGCCAUCUCCUCUCACUUCCUUGAAUUCGCCCUCACCAUUUGCGAGCCCUGUACCUGCGCUCGCGUUUCUGAACACCAAAGUCAAGGCGGAAGCUAUAGAAGAGGCAAGUAGUGCUGCGAAAAGUUCACGCAAACCUCGAAAGCGACGACAACCAACAGAAAGUUCCUCGGCUUCGGUAUCCUCGACUGGUGCUCCGCCUGCUAAACGUGCCAAAAAAAAGUCGACCAGCGUCCCGAAAAAAAUCAAAGUCUUGCAGUGGCUGGAGGAGGUCAUUCCUCAAACAGACUUUGUGCAAUGCGACCAAUGUCGAUCCUGGUAUCACAUAGGCUGUCUUGGUAUGACCGCGGAUGACCCCCGUUUGGAAGAUGGUGUGCGGUAUGAGUGUCUACCGUGUGUAGCGCCAGCAGAACAUCCCCGUGUCGGUGCUACCGUCACUACUGAUAACGAACCGCAACGCUGUGGCCGCCCAGAUUGCCACCAAGUCGAUGAGGUGUUCAUUGUUGAGCGCAUCAUUGGAAAACAAACACUUACCGGUGGGGAAGGACGCAAGAAUAUGUGGCUGACGAAGUGGUUCUCGUAUCCCGCCGCACAAGCGACAUGGGAAGAUGUGGAACAAACUGUGACCAACGCAUCGCGAUUCAUUGAAGAAUUCAAUGCUGCAGCGGUAAAAGAAGGACGUGAUGUAGAUGAAAACUUUUACGGUAUCGUAUUGCUGCAAGAGGCAGUUGAUGCGGGAUGGAAAGAUGAGUAAACGAAUCGUAAGAAACACUUGAGCACAAUAUAGUCAUUGGAUUGGUAUGUACUUUAUACAUGUUCAUAAUUCUCUACUGUACUACACCGUCGUAUCAUCUUCUUGAGUGGGUUUUAUACUAGGGCUAUAUACAUAAAUUUUUGGAACUCAGAGCGUCCGCUCUUUUCAGG